AUCAUGACUGAUUAUGUAACAUAACCUCACAUCUGUCAUAACCUAAAAAUGUAAACACGAUAAGAAGAAAUUACAAAAUGGGGCGAAAUAUAUUGAAAAGUAGUGUCCAGAAUGCAUCAUUCAGCAUUAUUUUUCAAAUUCUCUUCCGAUGUAUUACUUUUGUCUUAAAUGCAUUCAUAAUUCGAACUGUGGGUCAGGAAGUACUUGGAAUAAUGAAUGUCCGGUUGCUUCUCCUCGAAUCAACCAUUCUGUUCUUGUCACAUGAGCCCCUAAUGAAAGCGUGUCUUACAGACACCAAAUCACACAAUUGGGCGCAAGUUAUAAACCAAAUUUGGCUUUCUGUUCCUAUCACGGCAUGCCUGAGUUUGGUUUUAGUAUACAUUUGGAUCAAUGUCUUAAGCCCCACUGAUGAUAUUUAUAUUAGUCAAUAUAGACUCGGCUGUUACUCCAUCGCUCUGUCAUGUAUAAUAGAGCAGAUGACCCAAAAUGUGGUUCUUGUGGCCCAAAGUUACUGUUUUGUCAAAUUAAAAGUUGUCCUUGAGACAAUUUAUAUUGUUUCUAGAACGGUCAUUUUUGUUUUCAUAGUUGUGAAGCACCCAAAUGAUGCUAUUAAUGCAUUUUCAAUAGCACAGCUAGGGUCAGCUAUAAUUUUAUGUCUGUCUUAUUACGGGUUUUUCUUUUGGUACAUAACGCGGUUGAAUCUAGUCAAAGCAGGGAUCGCUCUUAAAAGUAGUCUUUUCAUGGACAUGAACGACUUUCCAUUUUCUUCCAUAAUGGAGUUUUUCCCCGGAAUUAUGAAAAACAGCGAGAGAAUUCUAAACCAAGACUUGUGUCUUUUAACAAUCAGUUUUGCCAAACAAUCAAUCAUCAAACAGAUUUUAACUGAAGGAGAACGUUACGUAAUGACAGUCUCCCCAGUGUUGACUUUCAGUCAACAAUCAAUGUAUGAUAUUGUAAAUAAUCUAGGAAGUUUAGCUGCGAGAUUUAUUUUUCGACCAAUUGAAGAAAGUGCAUACUUUUAUUUUACGCAAAUGAUUAAACGAGACGAACCUGUAGACAAACAAGAUCAAAGAAAUAUUUCCGAAUCAGCAAAUGUCUUAAGCCACUUGUGCAAUAUUGUGACAAGUAUUGGCCUCAUUGUUGUUGUUUUUGGCCAAAGUUAUAGUCACACUUUACUUUAUCUCUAUGGGGGCAAAAAAUUAGUUGAAAACACUUUGCCAGUAACGUUGUUACGUUUUCACAGUUUUGCAAUAGUUUUACUUGCAAUAAAUGGGGUCACAGAGGGCUACGUUUUUGCGACAAUGAAUAAUAAACAAUUAGACAAGUACAAUUACAUUAUGGUGCUAUUUUCAAUAAGUUUUUUGGUUAUUUCUUACGUCCUUACUAACGUAUUGGGGCCAGUUGGAUUUAUUUUAGCCAAUUGCGUAAAUAUGUUAGCGCGUAUUACUCACAGCCUCAUUUAUAUCAAUAAAAAAUACAAGGGGACGAUUUACAAACCUCUUGAAGGUUUAAUCCCCAGCAAAAAAUUCCUUUUAAUUCUGGUUGUCUCAGGAGUCGCCACUAAAACAUCAGAAUCGUUAAUUUCCUCCCUCAUCAUUCAUAUUUUAAUAGGAGCUUUAUUUUUUCUUUCAAGUGUUGCAGUCUGGGCCAUUGACAACAAAUCAGUCCUCAAGUUGGGUUAUGACAAAUAUAAACGUCGAAUGUCGAUAAAAAAUGACUAAUUUAAUAAAAAAAUUAAACACCUA